GGCUGUUGUAGUAGGCGGGCCGCGGGCGCUCCUUCGGUCUCGCAAAUCAAGCGAUACAUAGCAGUGCCCUACACAGGAGGCCUACAGGCCUACAGUAUGGACCGGCCGACUACCGGCGGGCGGCGACAGGAGGCUCGCCCUUCUGAGAGGGAGAGAGAGAUGGAGGCGAGCAGCAGCCGGAGCCGGAGCGGAAGUCUCCCCUCGAAGCGGCGCAGCGGCGGCGGCGGUGGCGGGGGAAGCGGGUACGGGCUGACGGGGCAGUCGCUGAACGACGACACCCUCCGUUCCAUCUUCUCACGCGUGGACGACCACUUCGACCUCGCUCACUGCUCCGCCGUCUGCAAGUCAUGGCAUACGAUUAUCAGCACAGCCCAUGUGAUGAGGGAUCUAUAUUACAAGAGGAAUCCGCAGGCAAGAGGCUCGAGUUCUACUAUUUCAGUCAAAAGUUAUUUUGAGGCGCUUGCCAUGAAUGAGCACGCAUCAACUCUCGCUAGAGGGUCUGCUGAAGUUCAUCAGUGGAUUGGUCAUGAUAUGAGGGCGACCUUGUGCCGUAUGAAAAGCGGUUCAGUCUUAACUGGAAUGGGAGAUAAGGUUCUUCGACUUUGGUCUGCUGAAAGUUGCAAAUACAUGAAUGAGUACAAUGUCCCAAAUUCCAAAAUGUUGGUUGACUUCGAUUUUGAUGAAAAUAAGAUUGUAGGUUUAACUAGUUCCCAGGUUUGCAUAUGGAAACGCAGUGGACCAAGAAGUAUAUUUCAAUCUCGUGGAGACACAUUCAAUCAUGGGUUAUGCAUGAGUUAUGCCGAUCCAGAGGUUGUAAUUGGUUGUGAGGAUGGUAGAGCCUUUGUAUAUGACAUGUACAGCAGGAGUUGUUCGAGCAUUCACCGGCUUCACCCUUCCCCGGUGACAUGCUUGGCAGUAACAGAUGACCAGCUGAUCGUUGGUGGUUCUACAUUUGGAAAUGUAGCUAUUGCAGAUCAAACCUCAGGAGAGAGGUUAGGCCUUCUAAAGUCAGCUUUUGCACCAACAGUGAUAAGAUGCUUGUCUUUCAGUGCAAAUUCACACUUAAUAUUCGCGGGCUCAUCUUCUGGUUAUGCACAUUGCUGGGACUUAAGGACCCUGAGGCCUCUCUGGGAAACAAGAGUUAGCCCAAAUGUCAUCUACAGUGCACAUCAUUUGCCUGGUGACACUUCGACGCUGGUGCUCGGUGGUAUUGAUGGAGUCCUACGCCUGGUAUGCCAGAGAACUGGUGAGACUAUUCGAAGCUUCAUCAUGGAUGCAGGCUACCCAGCACAGUCCAGCUCCAGGCCACAAGCUGAACAGAAGAAUGUCCGCCCAGCGGAAUCUGGCCCCAGGCAGCAAGUCGAAAAGAAGAGGGUCCGUGAAAUCGCUCCGGAUGCCCGGCUGGACAACAUUCCUAUGCACCUGCGCCCGCCAAUCACCGGUCUGUCGGUGGGCAUGAAGAAGAUCGUGACCACGCACGGUGAAAACUACAUCCGCGUCUGGAAAUUUCGCUCGUAGAGUUCUUAGAUUGGUCAUCGGAAAUCAGAAGAACUUGCGCUGUUUGUAAACGAGAUGCUGUAAGUAAGCUUGUAACAGUACCCUGAAGAUAUAGUUUUGGUGUUGACGUCGUACCUGUAUCGUCGAAGAUUUAUUGUCCUAUUGCCGUGGAAAAGAAUAUUUAUGUCCGAA